CUGCAAUGUCCAACCUGCAGAGUUGUCUCCUCCGAGUUCAUUUGAAGUUCUUUGAAAGCGAGCAGCUAUAUCCUACGACAUGGACACCGAGGGAAAGGUGAUCCGGUGUAGAGCGGCGGUGGCCUGGAAAGCGGGUGAAGCCCUGAUCGUCGAGGAGGUGGAGGUAGCGCCACCCAAAGCACACGAAGUACGCGUCAAGAUAGCAGCCAGUGGGGUGUGCCACACAGACUGGGCAUACCUGCAUGGGGCAGGCAGGGGUAUGGAGAUGCGGCCCUUUCCCUUGGUACUGGGGCAUGAGGGUGCCGGGGUGGUGGAGAGUGUCGGGGCCGGCGUCACCAGGUUCUCCCCAGGUGACAAAGUCAUCCCUCUCUUUCUUCCUCAGUGUGGGGAGUGUGAGUGCUGUCUCAGUGCCAAGACCAACCUGUGCAAAGCCAACUGGAGUAAGACUCAGCAGGGGGUUCUGGCUGAUGGUACGAGUCGGAUCACCUGUAGGGGGCAGCAGGUCUUCCAGUUCCUUGGCGUCAGCUCCUUCUCCGAGUACACAGUUGCCUUGGAAACAAACUUGACCAAGAUCCACCCUGAUGCCCUGCUCCAGCGAGUGUGCCUGCUGGGAUGCGGUGUUGCCACUGGAUACGGAGCUGCUAUCAACGUUGCCAAGGUGGAAUCAGGGUCCGUGUGUGUGGUGUUUGGGCUGGGGGCUGUAGGUCUGGCUGCGGUGAUGGGGUGUGUAAGUGCUGGGGCAGGUCGGGUCAUUGGCGUGGACGUGAACACAGACAAGUUUGCCAAGGCGCGGGAAUUCGGGGUGACCGAGUGUGUGAACCCCAGAGACCACAGCCGACCGGUGCAGGAGGUUCUGGUGGAGAUGACCGGUGGUGGGGCGGACUACACCCUGGAGUGUGUCGGAGAUGUGGAAAUUAUGCGGAGUGCUCUGGAGUCCUGUCGCUCGGCGUGGGGUGUUUGUGUCAUCGUGGGCUGGACAGAGCUAGAGGAGAUGAGGCUCCGCCCCUUUCACCUGCUCAUGGGACGCACCCUCAAAGGCACCUACUUUGGAGGUUGGAAGAGUGUCCGCGACGUCCCUCGGCUGGUGGAGGAGCACCUGGCUGGACGUCUAAAGCUGGAGGAGUUUGUCACACACACCCUCACACUGGAUCAGGUCAACCACGCCUUCCAGCUGCACGCUGGAGGUCAAAGCAUCCGUAGCAUCAUAACCAUGUGAGCAGGCCUGUGGUGGACUGGCCUGUGUCGGACUGGCCUGUGGUGUGAGUAGGGACUCAGGGCAGGCUGCAUGUGGCCAUGAGGAGGCUGGGUACCUGGACCAGAGGAAUGCUGGGCCACAGGACAGCAUGAUGUAGGCCUUCUGGCACCAGAUCCUGGACACUGACUGUCUCUAUUUCUGUGUUUUUAUUCAUUCAUUGUAUCGUAUGGUUCAGUGAAUAAUCAAAUUCAUGUUGAAUUAUAAAUGAGAAAUAUAAAAUGUACUGCUUAAACAA